AUGGCCCACACUGCUAGGCUCGGAACAUUUCAGACUCAUGCUGACUUGGCUCUGGAGCUGGCUGUAGCCAGCUGGGACACUGAACGCUUUGCUUGUUCUGUUGACAGCCCUGAAGAACUGGAGCCCUUUGCCUUUGGUGUGACCACAGCUGCCUCAGGGGAUGGUGGAGGCUGGCUCCUGACCCAGGCUGCUGGCAGGGAGUGUCCUGGAGGCCGCGCGCUCGGUCAGCAUGUCCCCCUCAUUCCACCAGCCCUGCCCACCUUCCUCGCCUGCAGCUCAAUCCCCAUGACUAAGGGUGUGGAAGAGGAUUCCUUUUUCCACAAGCCCGUGACUGAGCUGGGACAGGAGGGAUCUGCAGUCCCCCUUUACUCAGAGACAGCAAAGAUUUUUAUCCCCCAGAGACAGGAAUCCCCUGGCUGUGAGGUGGUAAGCCUGGGGAGCGGCUGCCGCCGGCUGUCCUCAGGAAAGUCAGAUUUCAUUGCUGUGGUUUCUACGCCUGACCCCCGGAAGUUUUCGCUCCCGUUGCCACAGGGAGCCAGGAGAGCAAAGAGGGCUGCUGCCGGUGCCCUGCAGCCACACAAACAUGCUCCUGCUCCUGGCGGAGCCAGAGCUGCUGGGAAAGACAUUUCGGAAGUUUCCUGUGGUUGCAACAAAUUGUUCAAAUCUGCACUGGAGCACCGCUGUGACCUGUCUUUCUCCAUCUUAGGGCAACCAGCUCCUGAAACUGGAAACUCCCUAGCAUCUCCUCACCCUACCCCGCAGGCUGUCCUUGUGGAAGGAGGUGGGGGGAGGGGGUUUUCCGGAAUGCCUGGCCUCUCUGUCCAAGCAUGGCAGCCUUGCCGCAUGGGUGGCGCAGACUCAGUUUCCCAUGCAUCUUGCCCCAGGGAGGAGGUGGGGGAUCCUUCCAUAGAGAUGGUGAAGAAUAAGGGAGGUAGUGAUCACCUUGAUCAUCUCUGGGAUCCAGUUAAAUCUGCGUCUGCAGGCAGAAAGAGGCUGGGGGACACGGAGAGAGUGAUCAACUGGAAGAUUCUAGGGCCUUCAGUUUUGAAAGGUGACAUGAUACCCUGGAAAGGGCAUGAACUUAGUUGUCAGUCCAUCCCUGCCUUUUCCAAUCAAAGCUGAGUGGCCACGGCAAAUUAAUGAUCAUCUCUGAGUUUCAGUCUCCUGUCUAAAAUGAGGUGAUAAUAGCUUCUCCAAGGUUGUGAGGCCCUGAACACGCUGCCUGGCACACACAUGGCUAAUCAAUAUUUUCCUAACCUUCCCUUCUCUGAAGUUGCUACCGCUCUCCUCCUGGGGUCUUGCAAAUAAACUUCUGAAUUAAAUAGUUCCUGCCUGGUAGUUUGUAUCAACUGAAGGAAGACAAGUCUGGAAUAUGACAUUUUGAAAUUGAAGGCUACAUUUAAAAAUAAAUGUAACCAUUGGCUUUCUGGAAGGAUGAAAUGAAACCAGACCGCUUUCUGGAAGGAGUCUUUUGGGGCUUCCUUCAUUGAACAGAAUGGAGUGUAAUUAGUUAUUUGAUAGCAAAUGGGUUCUCUCAAGACAUAAAUACAAUUUAAAGCAGUUUGUUCUAGGGUCUACAGUUUCAGCAUUGCUCACUGCAUUCAUGUUUCUACCCUUAACUUGCCAAGUAAACCCAUAGUUUGUUAGUUCAAACACUAAUCUCUGAUCAGUCUCAUUUAUUCUAAAUUUGUUUUCACACAAUGGCUUCCACAACUCAAGGUAUUUUCUAUUCUUUGUUCUCUGGAGACUGAGAGGUUAUCAGUUGUGGAAAGGCUUCCACAAGUUUUCCUCUAAUAUAGUCCUGGGGAAUACAGAAGCCUCCUCGAAUGAAUGGUUGGACUCACCUUUUCCCAGGACCAUAAAAGUAUAUAUUUUUGUUUCCUGUCCUAAACACAGUGUAACUCACUCCUCGUUUUUCCUGGGAGAUUGUGGUAACACGG